AUGACACUAAGCUUCUUCGACCAAUUUAUGAGCCCCACAUACCUAGGUAUUCCACUUAUCGCUGUAGCAUUAACACUUCCAUGAAUUCUCUUCCCAACCCCCACUGCCCGAUGAUUAAACAACCGCCUAAUCACUCUGCAAGGAUGGUUCAUCAACCGAUUUACCCAACAACUUCUCUUACCACUAAAUUUAGGCGGCCACAAAUGGGCAGCCCUACUAACCUCCCUAAUACUAUUUCUUAUUACCCUAAAUAUACUAGGCCUACUUCCGUAUACAUUUACCCCCACCACGCAACUAUCCCUAAACAUGGGUUUAGCGGUCCCAUUAUGGCUCGCCACAGUAAUUAUUGGCAUACGAAAUCAACCUACUGCCGCUCUCGGCCAUCUCUUGCCUGAAGGAACCCCCGUCCCACUAAUCCCAGUACUAAUCAUUAUCGAAACAAUCAGCCUUUUCAUCCGCCCCCUCGCCCUUGGCGUACGACUUACAGCCAAUCUCACAGCAGGCCACCUUCUUAUUCAACUAAUUGCUACAGCAGCUUUUGUUCUAUUACCUAUAAUACCCACAGUAGCAAUCCUAACUUCUAUUGUCCUAUUUCUACUUACCCUUCUUGAAAUUGCUGUAGCUAUAAUUCAAGCCUACGUCUUUGUUUUACUUCUAAGCCUCUACCUACAAGAAAACGUUUAA